ACUUUUCAGCAGUUAUUCAGUUGUAGCUCUUAAAGACGUAGACAGUCCAAAUUAUAUUAAAAAAUGCAAACACGGCUUAUAGUGUUGGGUUUAGCAAUUGCUCUAUUGCAUAGUUGCCACGCUUCUCCAGAAACAAAUGAUAUCUCAUCAGAAGAGUCCUACAAACAUAUUAUGAAUAAAACAGAAAAAUUAAUCGAAAUCAGCGGAACCACUUUUGGUCGCUGGAUUGAAAUGACGUUAACAAGUCCAAAAGAAAUGUUUGAAAAGGUAUUUGAGGAUGUGCACGGAUUAGACUUAGAGAAAGAACCAUUGCAUACAUAUAUAAAAGAAAUGCACGAUUACGUGGAGCUCAUGCAUAAGAUGGCGGAAUAUCGUGAAUUCAAAAAUACUACAAAAGAGGAAAAUAUUGCCCUACUUCACGAAAUUUAUAAACAACUUAACAUUGUUCUUGAAAGGCCGAAUACUGCUGCUAUGGAAAAGCCUAAAAUUGAGGACUUUAUUAUUGAAAUAUCUUUAACUAAAAAUGGAUGGGAUGAAUUCAAAAAAGAGGAAGAGAUUAUGUGGAAAGACUUGAAUAAACAAAUUGAAGCAAUUGUGGCAGAUGUUAGUGAAGAGGAUAAAGCUGCGGAAGAAACGCUACUCAACUGGCAUGCAGAAUACGAAAAGGUGAAAGAUCUUCCAACACAGCUUUUUCUUCUUAUAAAAUUGUUUAGAGGCUAUGAAAACGCACUGUAAUUGAAAUCGAAUAAAUUAAUACAACUUAUUUGAAAUAUGAAUACAUUAAA